GUCGUUACCACGGCAACCAAAGCCGCGCACAAAUAUAACGUCAUCACGCCGCUUUUACUAGCAAGAUGGCUGCGUAGUCGGCGAGUACCACCUGUGAUAAAAUCAUUGUUUUGGUAGCCAGAGGAUUUCUUUUUGUGAUAAGUCGGCGAUUCAUUUGCACUUGGCAAACUUUAACUUCAGACAUUUAGAUAGAAAUUGGCAUACAGUUGACAUAAAAUGAAGUCGGACGUGGAAGAGUUGAUGCCGAGGCUGCUUCCCGUUGAGUUUGGAACCAGUACUGAGGCCCUGGACCUGAACGGUCCCCCGAGAAACCCCCGGGAAUACCUCCGACAAGUCCAGUUGGAGGCAUCACUGUGUCCAGAGGUGGUGGUUGCUCACAUUGACCCCAAGAAACUGAAGAAGAAACAAACUGUUAAUGCCUCUGUGGCAGGUUGCCAUGCUGCUCCAGUGGGUUUCUCCCCCAGUCUCAGUUGGCAGCAGCAGCAAGUCAGUAACUUCUCAGAUAUCAGACAGAGCAUCGCAAAGAACAGGAAACACUGGAGCAACCAGACUCUGGAUGAUAACGUGCAGAUGCCAAAGCUAACAGAUGAGGACGGCUGGAAAAGAUUUUGUUUAGGAGAGGCGGUCUAUCUGGGCACCUUGUCCUGCCAAACAGAUGCUCUAGCAGAGCCAGCGCUGGACUAUAGCAAGGUGGGCUUCCCUCCCUUUCUAAGCAUAGUCAGCAGACUGAACCAGUCCACAGUGCUGAUGCUGCUGGAAAUUCUAAUCUGUUGGUUUGAGGAACACGGGUUUGUUCCACAGUUGGUGAGUUUAGUUUAUUAA